ACCGUUCCCUACUUUCUUCCUCUGUUUGCCAAAAGAUUGUGAUCAGAGUGGCAUUUCCUCGAACAGUUGGUGAGCACAAUGAAAGGAAGCAAGGCGAAUCUCUCUGCAGUAGCGGAGAAGUGCAAAACUAUAAUCGCUUCCAACUGGCGAGGACACCUAAAUACCAUCAAACCUGAAGAUAAAGCGAGUAUAAUACAUACUUCAAAGGUCAAGUACGCGAUGAGACGAGGAAAGCCAUAUCUCUGGGUACCAGAAAGUGAACCGCACAAUGUCAACAUAAUGUUUGACGAACGUGGAUCCUUUUCUAUUGCACAUCCGUAUCCUGGUCCCCUUGCAGCUUUGUUCAAGUUAAUCGGAAAGCUUCCGAACCGAGUUGCUCUUACCGGAGAAAUCGUCCCUGUUAAAGAGAAAAGGAUUGAGGCGGUAAACAAAUAUGUCGAGGAAGUUAUACAGUCAGAGAUGAGAGCGAUUAGCGAGUCCCCAAAUUCAGUCCGCAGUAUCUUGGAUUCUUCUAACCAGAUGUAUGCCUCACGGUGCGAGAGUCUUAAAGCCCUUGUCGAUGGUGGCGAUGAGAAAUACGUUAUUUAUAAGUUUGUUCCCAGCUCAUGUAUGUUUAUCGACCCGAAUGGUGACAAGAAAGAAAUAGACUUGAAGGUUUUGGAACUGUCAAAAGCAGACCCAUUAGGGGUCUGGUCUACAAAACUAGUAGAUGGAAUCAAUAAGAACGAAUCGAGAAGAAGGGCUUUGAUUCUUUUCUGUUUAUACUAUCUCGAUAUAAACGCGAGGGAUGCGUAUAUGGUGUCUGUGGAUAAGAAUGGUUUCGACUUGUUGGGGAAGGUACCCAGUGAAGAAGUAGCUGGAGAUGAGUAUCAAUGGAGAGAGUUUAGGUUUGAGUUUGAAGAAGAGGUGAAAGACGUUGCAGCUUUUUGCCAUCAGCUUGUGGGAAUGGAAGAAGUUGUUGUCAACAAGUUUACUAACCAUACCGGUUUGUGAUUUUCAAUUGUUUUCUCAUGAAUCACGAGUUGGACCGGUUUACGUUGUAGCUAAAUUGUCAUUUAGGCAAGACCAAGGUGUAUUAUUAUUUAUUAGCUUGCAUCGGUUCGACCCGGUUUAGUUUCGAUUUUUCAUGCUUACCAAUACAAUUCCGGUUCAAUCUUCCAAUAGAAAAUUAUACUCGGCUAUUGAAAUCAGAUUUUAAAUCAUUAUUCGAACCGGGGGAUGAUUGGUUGAGUUGAUCUGUAAUUUAG